AUGCCCCUAUGGAAGACGAUCAAUCAGGACUAUUGCGUGCUCAACGAGCUCUGCGAUGUUCACUACCCUCGCCUCAUGAGCAACAUGCGACGUCAAUCCGAAGCGUAUGCCAAGCAACGUAGCGACAGCAACCAGAUGGCACCCGAAGCGCCUGGCUCCAGGAUCGCCGUUCUCGAGGCCUCCAUCCAGGAAUUGGCAGAGUUGAAAUGCCAGCUCUCUUCGGUCGUCGAGAGAGUGCGCAACAACCUGCUCGCCUACGCCCUCUCCGAGGACUUCUCCGAGCACGAGCUGGCCAAGGUGCUGCAGCCCGUGGCCCUUCGCGCCUAUGCCUACCACGUCGCUGAUCUGCUGGGCAAGUCCAAACCCAAGGAUCCCUACACCCCCUUCCACGCGAUCAUUCAAACGCUCGAGCAGGCUUCCAAUACCUACAAGAUCGUCAAGUUGCUACACUACCCUACCAUUACCAAGACGGCCUUCCUUCUGUACGAGAAGACCAAGGGCAAGCCACAGAAGGAUCUGUCGAAGGUGACCCUCCCCAACUGGCCAGGCAUGUACUGUUGCUUCCAGAGUCUGCGCAAGAUCAAUGACUGCAUCAAGCAAGAGGCCACUCGCUCCAACGGAGGACUGUGCGCCGAGGAGGCCAGCUUCCUGGAAACCAAGAUGCAGAUCAUCAAGUGCUUCCUUUUCAACUCGCCCGAGGCCCACCAGUCCAUUCAGCCGAAGCAGGUCGAAGAGUUGGACUUUGACGUCACUCCGUUCCUGCACAAGCAAGAGUACGAACUCAUGUUCGAGUUCCUGUCCGCCUCUGAUUACGUCAUGGACUCGUUCAAGAGGCUCGUCACCGACCACACGCCCUACACGAUUCACAAGAUCGACGGCGAUGGCAACUGCUUCUUCCGGGCCGUUGUCCGGCACACGUAUCCCAACAUCACGCGCGCCUGGGAGGACGCGCUGAGCCUGGGUCUCAGGAAGCGACUCAACACGGGCUCCGAGAGGGAGAUGCAGGCCCACGGCAAGGGCGCUGAAUAUCAGUUCCACGGCUUCGUGAUCGAGAACGUGAACGAUUCGCUCACCAUGGCCAAGGCCGGCGUGUGGGCCGAUCACAUCCAGGUGCAAAAGCUGUCGCAGAAGCUCCAGCGACCGCUUGAGCUCUUCACCUUUGACGACGUGGCCCUCCGCAUGGACAGACAGGGCAAGUUGCGUCCCGGCAAGGACUACAUGAUCGGCACCGAGUUCGGAGGGCCUCCCAUCUCCUUGUACUACACUCCGUCGCCUGGCCACUACGAAGUCAUCUCGCUGCCUCAGCCGGCCGAGUUGCAGACUUCUGUGGAAGAGGACCUGCAGCAGAUCGAAAGCAUCGUGUCCAGCACUCCGCCUCCGCACCUCGAGCUGCCCGCACAGCUUCUCUGCAGCGUCUACUUCCGUCUCGAGGCCGAGGUCGGUCUCAUUGAAGAGUGUGCACGCAGUGGGUGGCUUUCGGCUCGCGAGAUCAAGCAGGCCAUCGAUGCCGAGCUCCGCGAAAGGGCCGGCGUCUUCUUUGCGCGCUUCUUCCGCUAUCGUCAGAUCAUCCUGCACCUCGGCGUGCCCUACCUCCUCAAGUACCUGGACCAGAAGCCCGACUUCAACCUCCACGCGGAGGUGCUCUACCAGCUGCUCGAGCCCAAGCCCGACUCGAUCGAGUCGCUGCUGACCAGGCUCUCGAGCCGCGUCACCCACGCCUGUCCCGCCGGCGUGCUCGCCACUGCCCAGCGCGUGAGUGCCGCUGCCCAGCAACAUCAGCAGCCCACCACCAUCGUGAUCGGCUCACCGCCGGCGCCUCCCGCAGCGCCCGUCAAGGCCACCCCAACGCCGACCCCGGCCCUGCGCCCGACCACCGCAAUCACCACCUCGCCGCUCCUCCUCGCGGCUUACAACACUCCCAUGAUGAACCCCUCAGCACAAGUCUACUGCACGCUGCCGCCCCCGCGCGAGGGUCCACUCCUGGCCUCUCCCCACACCUCCGGCAUCCCGUCGGACAAGCUGCAGCUGCGCGACAGCUACGUGACGGGCGGGUCGCUCAAGGCCCUGGCGGAAGCGCUGGCAGACACCAACUUCGACCACGUCAUGCUGUACCGAUGCCGCUUCGACGCCUCUGCCUGCCAAGUACUGGGCGAGGUGAACGCCUGGCCCCUGUCAUUGAAGAGGGUGGAGCUCCACAACUGCAUGCUGGAGGACAGGCAGGUGGUGAGUCUCAACAACCGCGUCAAGCCGCUCGGCUGCACCGAGGUGCCGCGUAUGCAGUAG